CAAAAUGGCUGCCCCCUAUCGACACCGUAACAACGUGAUUGCUUCUUGAUGUUCAACAAAUUUAUUAUUUUUAACGAUCUGCUUCAUCAAAUAUUUACGUUCGCUUUUUGGAAUACAAUAUCUUAAGACGCUUGGUCACUUUUCCUUCCUAAACGUAGAAAGUAAGGUAAGGACCUUUUUGAGGUUAGUCCUGGGAAUUUUGAGGAUUUCAGCACAGAGUAAACCAUGUCCUCUUUUAAACCUACACGAAUUCAAUCCUACCCCAAGCUUGGAGAGAAAGUCACCCAAGACACGUUAUAUUGGAAGAAUUAUAAGACUCCAGUUCAGAUAAAGGAAUUUGGGGCAAUUACAAGGAUAGAUUUCUCUCCUCAGUCCCCAUACAAUUAUGCUGUCACAGCAUCUACAAGAAUCCACAUUUACGGGCAGUACUCACAGGAGCCUAUCAAAACCUUCUCGCGGUUUAAAGACACAGCCUACAGUGGUACAUACCGAUCAGAUGGGCAGCUGCUUGUGGCAGGGAGUGAAGACUCGGUAGUGAGACUCUUUGAUAUCAGUGGCAGAGUCGCACUCAGGCAGUUUUCUGGGCACUCCAAGUCAGUUCACGUAACAGACUUCACAUCAGACAAGUUUAGAAUAUUAUCAGGAUCAGAUGACUACACCUGCCGAUUGUGGGACAUACCAAACUCAACAGAACUGAUCUCCUACAAGGAACAUACUGACUAUGUGCGCUGUGGGACAACAAGUAAACUGAACCCAGACCUUUUUAUCACAGGUUCUUACGAUCACACGGUGAAGGUGUUUGAUGCACGGACCAACAAGAGUGUCAUGACCAUGGAUCACAGUCAGCCAGUAGAGAGUGUCUUACUCUUCCCCUCUGGGGGCCUGCUGGUAUCGGCAGGUGGGCGAUAUGUAAAGGUCUGGGACAUGCUGAAAGGAGGACAGCAGCUUGUCUCAUUGAAGAAUCAUCAUAAAACAGUAACCUGCCUGUGCCUGAGCUCCUCAGGACAGAGGCUGCUCUCGGGAUCACUGGACAGGCAUGUGAAAGUGUACAGCACAGCAACCUACAAAGCAGUGCACAGCUUUGACUAUGCUGCUUCUGUUCUGAGCGUUGCCCUGGCACCUGAAGAUGAAGCGAUUGUUGUUGGGAUGACCAAUGGAGUGUUGAAUGUGAAACACAGGAAGCACCCAGAGGAGAAACAGGAAGCAGCCAGUCGGAAGAGGCGACGGCCAGCAUAUCGUUUCUUUGUCAAGGGGAAAAAUUACAUGCCAAAGCAGGAUGAUUUCUUGGUCAGCAAACCAGUCAAAAUGCACUUGAAAAAGUAUGACCAGCAACUGAAGAGCUUCCAGGUUUCAAAGGCUCUUGACACUGUUUUGGAGCGAAGGGUUCAUAUAAAGAGACCAGAGGUAACUGUGGCGGUGAUUCAGGAGCUGAACCGCAGAGGCACUCUGAAAAAUGCCCUCGCGGGCCGAGAUGAGAAAAGCCUUACAAACCUACUCAACUUCUUGAUCAGGUAUAUGGUUGAUCCAAGGUUUACCCCAGUUUUAGUGGAUGCCGCAGAAAUGGUUUUGGAAAUUUACAGGCAUGUUGUGGGGCAGUCAGCACUGAUAGACAAACAGUUCGUGAGGCUGCAGGAGACAAUAGAGAAAGAGAUUGACUACCAGGAGGAACUGGUGGAAGUCCUGGGAAUGAUUGACACCCUCGUUGCAGCAACAACCACCAGGAAAGAGGCAGCAACCUCCUGAAUAAGAGCCGGGAACGUUCUGCAUGGAGUGGAAAACAGUGGAAAGGUGGUGGCAGUUUGAAAUCCAGAAGAAAACAAUUACAGUUGAGUCUGCAGAUACAAAAUGAUCCCCAACUGACAAUGCAUCAGCUCCAGCCAUUGCACUUGGUGGUUUUCUGGAGGUUUGCAGAGUUUCUCAGAAUCACCCCAUGCAAAAUAUCUUAAUCUUGAACAGUAUGGAAGAAGGUAGCACAUGCUGAUCAUGAUGAUACAUCUUUAAAUACUUUAAAGAUUGGUUCUUUGAAGUGAACCCUCCCUGUAGUCAAAACCAAUAAUUAAAGGGCUGGAUUUUGAAUGAAAGGUCUGCCUAGACCUUUAUCAAACAAUGGGAAUAAUGAAGAGCUGUCCCAUGUUUUUAUACCUUGGAAUUUUCUGCAGCCAAAAUACACUUGAUCAAACAUUUGUCUGCCCAAAGUCUAGCUUCUACAGUGCCUUUCAGGUUUAGUGUGCAUUCUGUUACAGAAUGCAAAUGUCUGUCUUCCAUAAAAUGUUUGUGAAAGUAAAGGUUUAUAUUAAAAUUUCAAAUAAA